ACUUCGUCCUCAACUCCUCUCCUCUCUUCACCCGUGUCCACUACCCCCUCGUCGAUCUCCCCACUAAAUCAGCCUCGUCGGCGACGAGCGGUCCGCCGGGAAGCCGCGGCGUGGUCGUCCUGGUGGGUGCGAGCGGUGGAGCAGCCUCUCUGCGGACGCGCGGAUCGGCGCGUCCGUGGCGGGCGCUGGGAUUCGACCCGUUUGAGGUGGGGUGGACGGGCUCGGAGGCGGAGGCGAGAGGGCAUCGGUGGCGUGGUGCUGCGUCCAGGCUGCGGUGUACUGCUGUCCUUUCUUGGAGCUCAUUAACCCACAGAUGUAAAUAAAGCCAAUAUAUUUACAUCUACUGUACGUGGCAGCAGGGAGAGGCCUGGUACUUCUAGUCGAUUACGUAGGAAAAAAAUUCAUCUAUGGGUUGCAAAGCAAGCGAUGUAUUUUGUUACACUAAAAGGACUAUGGUGCAUUUGAUAUAAUUUUUUGGGUUUUGCCGACCGCAGAUGUGAGUGUAUUUUUUACUGUACAAGAUUUACACUUUCUUUUCCAUGUACUACUACUACAGAAGGAGACUUUUGGGGUCCGCAUUAAUUGUGGUACCUGUACAAAUCGUGGGAAUGUUGCGCACUGCACACUGCAGUAAGAAGAAAGGGUGGGCAGUCAAACUUCCCCUUUUGGUAACGGGCGGGUCAGUGCUUUCCGUUUUUGGGAGGGCACCGUGGAAGACUACACGGUGCUAGGGCACUGUGUAGCCACGUAGGAGCACCGGGGAUCGGGGCGGUCAGCCCACCCCAUGAGUUUCGGGAGUGCUGAAGGCCAGCUGGGGCACUUGUCCUCCGAUGGGCCGGGUCGUUUCAUCCGGAGGGAACGACCAUAUACAUGAUUUAUCCUACUAUCUUGACUUUUUUUUUUUUGCGAUCACCCUACCAUCUUGACUUCUUGAGUCCUGUAUAUACAAAAUUACACAUACAAUUGCGUUAACACGUCCAACAUCGCUAGGUUUCCGGGCCGGAGUGUCCGGUUUCUUGAUUUCGCCUCCCUCGUCAUCACCUUCAGCACAAAUCUGUCAUCGUCGUCGUUUAUUUCGUCGCCACGACUUUUCUUUCCGCCGUACUGCAAAUCACAUCAAGAAUCCCUAAACCUAGUCGACGCUAGAACGUGGUUUAUUGGAUCCAUGGCUUCCACCACCGCCUCCCCGGUCAGCGGCGCCACCUCUUCCGAGGACGAAUUGAUGCCGCCAGUCGACGACGAUUGGUCCGACGACGACCACGCCACCUCAUCCGAAGACGAGCUGAUGCCGCCAGUCGACGACGAUGAGUCCGACGACGACACAAUGGAUCGCAUCCCCGAGCUGACGAUCAACAAAAUCCUGACCCUCCUGCCGCCAACGUCGGUCACAAGAUGCAAAACCGUCUGCAAGAGCUGGUUCUCCCUGAUCUCCAGCCGCCCGUUCUUGCGCGAUCACGCCGCCGCGAGGGCGGUGCGUCGCCGCCGUUCCGACCCCAGCAUCCUCCUCUUCGACGGCGCCGCCCGCUUCCCCGCCACGAUCGUCGACGAGAACAGGACACCGCGGCUAGCGCUCCGCCGGUGGAGGGCAGAGCCUAGGGAAGGGUACGACGUGCAGAAUUGCUGCGGCUCGAUCGCCUGCCUUCGGAGCGGCCAGGGCGACGCCGAGCUGCUCAACCCGGCGACCGGCCAUUGCCUUGGCCUUGGCGGCGGUGAGUUCGUCGGCGACCGCCACACGAGGACGGGAUCCAAGCAGCUCCCAUGGUACUGCCUCGGGCGCUGCCCCUCGACCGGCGAGUACAAGGUGAUGCGCCUCGACGUCCGCCUCCCGUACUCCAGUCGCCCGCACGUCACGUGCGACGUGUGCGCCCUCGGUCGACGCGGCGGCAGCAAGGGAUUACGGCCAUACGGGGCCCGGUGGCAGGAGGUUGGCCUGUGGGACGUGAACUACUGCCCCAGCGGCCGCGGCGUGCACGUCCACGGCGUCGUGUACUUCCUCGUCGAUUUCUACGGGAACUCCGUCGUCAGCUUCGACCUCUCGACUCACGUGCGGAACCACAUCGACCUCCCAGUGGUCGAGGACGCGGUGGCGUCGCUCUCGAAACUCGACGGCAAGCUCUGCGCGUCGCUGGUGCCCAGCGGUGGGCCGUCGUGUGGCGAGGGAGGGACGAACAUGGACGUGUGGGUGCUCGGCGACGGCGGCCAGCAGGGGUGGAUCCACAGGUACAGGUUUGAGCUGGACGGCGCGGCGAGGCACGUCCCGAGGCCGCUGUUCGUGAGCGGCCGGAGGACUCUGGUCAUGAAGUGCGCCGACGGCUCGCUCUGCUCCUAUGAUAUCGCUGCUAACAGCAGCGAUGGCAGCGAUGUUUUGGUGUUCCCGCACAAGAGCAGGCCGCAGAUGAUGAGCGGCAUCACCGCCGACGUCUUCGUGGAGAGCUUGUUCCCCCUGCGCACCAUCCUGUGGUCAUAGAUCUUGUUCAAGCGGUUGUGUGACAGCAACUUCCAGGGCUCUACCUGACAACAGUUCCAAGCUUGCUCCCGCGCACUCGUAGAAGAAUUUUGCUUUUUUAGCCGAAUCCAACUUUCGGUCCUAGACUCCAGUUUCGAUAAUGUUUUCUAUGCUCUGAUUUGUCACAAAACUCUUUGCAUAACAGUUUUCCUGUCAAUCAUUUUAUGCUUUACUGCAGAUAAUUGUUUAGUACGGCCUAAAUUCUUGAGUGAAUCAAUCUAUUUUAGU